GCGCCACUUGGCCAGGAUCAACCACGACCAUUGCUGCUGCUGCUGCUGCUGCUGUGUGUUUGGAUCUCUCUCUCGUGCACCACACAGGCGUUGCUUCUUUCUUUUUCCUUUAACUCGUAUGAGGCGAAGUAGAAUGUGGUGUCGUGCACUCUCUCGCGCUUCGCUCACCGGGACCGCCUCCCACGCCGUGCGACGUCGGUCCGCGGGGCUGCGGUCGGGCUGCCGUCCUCGCAGCGCAACAACGGUCGCGGCGUCGUGUGUUCCUGUGCGGGGCUUCACGAGCUUCGCAGGAUUCUUCGCUGCCCAUCAUCGAUGCCCUGCGGCGUCCUCCGCAGCGCUUCGGAUGCCACGCCGCACCCAGAGCACCCUGCAGAAGCUGCUGGACGAUCCGCACGACCCGUACUUGGCUGCUCUGCAAGAGUUCGAUAUUCCUCGCAUUGCCGCCGUGGUCGAGGAGGGCCCCGCUCAGACAGCCAUCCCGGAAGCCUUUCUCCAGCGAUUGGGCCUGCGCACGGCGAGCGAUGUGACGGCUGCUGCUGCUACGCGUGCCGAGCACACCAGCCCGACUCCAGUUCCCCAAUGCUCCGCCGCAUCGUCCGCAGAGGCCGUCCUGCAGUCACUGCACGGUGCCGGGGCGGCGCGUCAGCACGAGGCGGCGGCGGCGGCAGCGGUGGAGUUGCAGUCCGCGCAGGCUGCCUACGACGCCCUCCCAUCGGAAGAGAAGGCGGCACUGCAGCUGGAGCGUUUGGUUUCGCAUUUGUUUGACGGUGUCUGUGCCAUCAACGCGGCCAUCCGCGUGCAAGCCGAGGACGAGGCGGUGUCGCCUGACGAGCGCGAUGCCGUCUUGCGCGUGUGCGCGCGGGUGGCGAGAGCGUACGAGGACGGGACCAUCUCUGCCGAGCGCUGGGCGGCGGACUUCGCGCCGGAGAUGAAGGAGCUGGAUGUGAUCUGGCGCCACCUCGGUGAUCCCCGGCCGCUGCCUGCAAAGAUGUAAGACGUUGGCUUUGCCGAAGGAGAGAGAAGAGACAGUUGAUACUGUCCGGUGUGGACAUGCCUUUUUUUUCCUCUUGUUCUGGUUGCGUGUGUUGUCGGGUUUUCUAACGUUUAUGAGGUGCGUGUAGUGAGGCGCACAACAGCUUUUAUGAUGGCUAUAAUG